GGAUUGCGGGGGUGUGCAGGUUGCCGACGGAGGGUUGCCCCUGUCGAAAAUUUCGACUGCCGGAGAGCUUGCCAGGACAAAUUGUAUGUGCAGCAGAGUCCCAGAACUUGUUUGCAGUGCCACGGUUCAGCUAGGAAAACACGUGCAGCAGUCUCAAGCAGAGUUUUCCUUUUAAUGAUACGUGUCGCGUUAGUUUCUUUCUGCCUUCCACUUCCCCCAGUACAGGGAAAGAGUAUGACUUCUCGUAAUGUCUGAGCCCCAGAAGCUUUCAUAUUACGAACUAAAGUAGGGGACAUUUUGCAAGUAAAGUUGGUGAAAUUCUUCCCCUGCCGUUGAAAUUUUAGACCUGUAUUUCGUUAUCCUUUUCUACUCUGAUUUGCGUUUGUCUGCACCUGAGCAUAGUGAACUGUCCUAUCCUUGCCUAUUGUACAGAGUAAAGAAGUGUUCCUUAUUUCAGGCUAUACUAGAGGGAGAAUGGGUGUUGCUAGCUCCAGCGACAUAACUCUGGCCAUUAUGAACUUUAAGUUAUUUAAAAUAGAGAAAUUGGAUCUCCCCCACCCCCCUCUGCUGAAGAACAUGGGAGGGGGCACUAUGUGAAUAGCACAUGUAUUUGUCUCUAUGAUUUCUUUGUUUUCAUGUUAUUUCCUAUGUGCAGGAGUGAGUGUGAAAUUUGGUACCAACACUAUGUACAAUUUUAGUGGUUUUGUCAGCAUCUGAACUGGCUUUUGAGGUUUGGGUAAAAGACACAAGUUUAUACUGUUGGAGAGGGAAGUAUUAUAAGGCUUUGCUUUUGGAGUGAGAGAAGGCCUAAGAGGCAUAGACAUACAUACAUUGGCAAAUCAAAUUAAGAAUCUCAACUUAUAAGUGGGCUGUUAUUAGGGAAAAAGGGGUUGGAUAUGCCUUUGCUAUUUUAAAUAUCUUUUGGUUUUUUCCCCCAUUAGGAACCUUUUUUUAAUGGUGGACUGGCAGCUAGACUGAAUUAGUCAAAUAUGGACAGGAAUCCAUCACCACCUUCCAGUGAUUCAGAAGAAGAGGUGGUAGUCGCUGGGGACUCUAUUGGAAAUACAGUGUAUAGUAAACACUGGCUGUUCACCGUCCUGACAAAACUAAUUGAGGUUAUUAGCUCAAAGGAGGGUGAUUCUGAACAGAACAAUGCCAAAGAACUGGUGGAACUGGAUGAAGAUAUGGAGAAUGACAUUUGUAAAGUAUGGGACAUGUCAAUGGAUAAGGAUGUUGCUUUAUUUCUGCAAGAAUUUAAUGCCCUUGAUAUAUUUAUAGGUGUGUUUGCCAAAUCUAAAUGCCCUCGGCUCAUUGAAAUCUGUGUGGGAAUACUGGGAAAUAUGGCCUGUUGCCAAGACAUAUGCAUGUCCAUUAGUAAAAAAGAGGUGCUUGGACAAAUGGUGCUGCAGCGUUUAUGUGAUUCUGAUUCCCCAACUCUGCUUGAAACAAGCAGGUUGUUGCUGACUUGCCUCUGCCAAUCUGAAGUGGCCAGUAUUUGGGUGGAAAGAAUCCAAGAAAGUCCAUCAGUAUAUGACUGUAUCUGUUUUAUCAUGUCUAGUUCUACAAAUGUGGAGUUGCUGGUGAAAAUUGGUGAAGUGGUUGAUAAAUUGUUUGAUUUAGAUGAAGAAUUGAUGUUAAACUGGAUUAAAAGGAGUUCUCAGCCAUCAGUGAGGCAGCUUACAGAUGAUUCUUCCGAUGAGCUUCCGGAUUUCAAGAUUGUACCUUGUCUGCUUGAAGCUACAAAACAAGUCUGCUCAGAUAACAAUUCAGAAGGACUUGAUGUCUAUAUGCAUAUUCUACAGCUGCUCACUACUGUGGAUGAAGGCAUUCAAGCAAUUGUACAUUCUCCUGAUAGUGGAAAAGAAAGUUGGAGUCUGCUGUAUAAUCUUCUUUGCCAUGAACUCUGCCAGCCGGAUGAUCCACCAAUUAUUGUUCAAGAACAAAAGACAGUGUUAGCUUCGAUUUUAUCUGUGCUCUCAGCCAUCUUUGCUUCACAGACUGAACAGGAGUAUGUCAAGAUGGAGAAAAAUAUGCCUCUAAUUGAAAGCUUGAUUAGAGUCUUGCAAAACUUGGAUGAAUGUGGAAAGAGAUCUAGAGACAGCUCCAGUGAAUCCAAGUCAGAGAAGGCUGAGAAGCUGGGAACAACUGAGGAAGAUUUCCAUUUAAAAAUAUUGAAGGACAUUUGUUGUGAGCUACUCUCCCAUAUGCUUCAGGAGUUAUCAAAGGAGAACAUACUGGAGGGGCUCAAACAAGGUCAUUUAAACGAACAGAAAUGUUGCUGUGCGUUUCAGAAUCUCCUCCCUUUGUAUUUAUCUUCGGUGGAGAGUUUUCUUGAAGUGCUGCAUGAAGCUGAUCAGGCCCUUGCUGACAGCCUAGGAAAGAGAUUCCCAAGCUUGAAACUGCCAACAUAGGAGCACAUGAACCGUAUUUUCUUAUAGGGUGACUUUGAAUCUUUCAUUUAAGAAAGCAGUGUGUGAAGAGUUCGGAAGUUUAAAUGCUACAUUUCUGACUUCUUUGGAAGAAGAGCAAGAUGAGAAUCUGCAUUGAACAAGGGUGGAAGUGAUCAGUAAAGGCAAGGAAAGCUUGCUUUCUUCCACAAGUCUACCUUUUCAAAUGCUGUACAUGAAAUAGAAAUGUUUUUAUAUCUUAGUAGCCUUUAAGUCUGUGGAUCUUUCUUUUGAAAUAGUUGCACCUAUUUUUAAUUAGUGUGUUGUGUUACCAGUUAGCAAUUAAGAGUGAUGUCAUUCCAGAAUAUGUUAAAUAUAAAAUGAUUGGAUUUGCAUAUGAUAGCUGUGAUCUGCUCUCUCCUUACUUCAGUUUAGUACCAGUCCUGUGUCUGGGUGACCACAGGAUCUUUUUGAGUUUUGGAACUGAGUUUUCAAGGGUGAGCCCUUGCCUCUUCUUCCUCACAGGAGUGGAAAGGAGCCUGCCAGCUUCCCCCCAUUCCCAGGUCACGGCUGUGCUUCAGAGGAGAAAAGGGGGAUCAUGCUGGGGGCGGGAAGGUGAGGAAGCCGGGGCCACAGGCCUACCUUGAUUCCAUCUGAUUCCAUUCCCUGACACUUUCUAGAUGGCCAGAAACAGCACCUGGCACAAGAUGCAUCAGUGGUGAAGAGUGCCAUGUCUUUCUUGGAGCAUAGGAUGCACGUAAGCCUCCAAAGUUGGAAAAUUUGAGGCCAUGAAACAUAAGACUGUGCCCUUAAAGACAUAACUUCUUAGUCAUAAGGGAACUGAUGCAUUUUGAAAGGAGAAGUCUGAAACUGAAGAAUUAGAUUAUUUCUAGAUUCUUGAGUAGAAUAUAUAUACUUCAGCCAUUUAUAUGAUAAUCACUGUGUUAUUUCCCUGUCGCUGAAUGCUGCUCUGACAAAAGUUAAGAUGCAACAGUUCUGGUUCAUAUUAAUGGUUGAUGAUGAAAUGGCUACCAUCUUGUGACUCUCUUGCCCAAGAUAGAUUGAAUGCAGGUUAUGCCAUUUUACCAGUCUAACUUCUUGAAACAUUGGAAGUAGCAUGAAAACUGCACAACAGCUUGUUUAGUUUCUUUUAAGAUAGAAUUGGAAAAAGUGGACCAAACAGAUGGCAGCUAGGUCAGGAACAGCUUUUUGAGAGCUGUGCAUAACAUGCACACAGAGAGACAUACACACACAUGUUGAUCCUUCAGCAUUAAUUAUUGUAUUCCGUUACAUUCUGCGUGCUCUGAAGGUCAGCCAAAGUGUUUUUAAGAAAGAUAAAAUGUUUGGAGCUACACACAGUUGUAUGCUAAUUUCCGAAGGGAUGGAAUUAUACCUUGUUGUGGCCUUGCUGUUUGCAACUUGUACCACUGCUGGGAUUUUGAGCCAGCAAGAAAAAUGAAUUAAAUGGGCCCAAAGGUAGGGAAUUGUGAAUGCAAUCCAGCAGAAGAAGGCAGCUGUUCCACUUGUUCAGGGGAGCAGUAAAGCUUCCCCUUGACGCAGUAGCCCCCAUCCUUCCUCCCAAGAGGCAAGCAGGUAUACUUGGAAGGGCUGCUGCUAGAAGGAGUUUUUACCGCUCCCAUGUGUGAAUGGAAAUAUGUUUGGAUCUCACAUGGUGUUUCUGGCAUUUUUACACCCAUGGCUGCCAGUGAGACUGGUUUUGUGUGUACUGGAAAUGUAUUAUUGAAACUAAAAUGUUACAAUAAAGUUUUUUAAUGCGUGCAUACACACAAACACAUACAU